ACUGUGUGACAGCUGUCAUGAAUAAGUGAAACAUACAAAGUGCUGCGGCCAUGAAUUCUAUAGGAGUUUCCUUUUUAGAUCCCUUGGAUGAUUAUGAAUUUAUUCAACUGAUAGGGAGCGGCACUUAUGGAGAAGUUUUUAAGGCUAGAAACAUUAGGAGCUCAGAAAUGGCUGCUAUCAAAAUUGUUAAACUGGAUCCAGGUGAUGACAUCACCUCCAUCCAACAGGAGAUAACAAUGAUGAAGGAGUGUAAGCACAAGAACAUUGUGGCCUAUUAUGGCACUUACCACAGGAAUAGUAAAUUGUGGAUCUGCAUGGAAUACUGUGGGGGAGGAUCAUUGCAGGAUAUCUACCAAGUAACCGGACCUUUAAAGGAAAAACAGAUUGCUUACGUCUGCAGGGAAACACUCCAGGGAUUGAAUCAUCUUCAUGAGACAGGCAAAAUACACAGAGACAUUAAGGGAGCUAAUAUUCUUCUUACUGAUCGAGGAGAUGUAAAUUGGGUAACUGAUUUUGGGGUUGCGGCUGAGAUCAGUGCCUCUGUUGCCAAGAGAAAGUCCUUCAUAGGAACUCCCUACUGGAUGGCCCCUGAGGUGGCAGCAGUGGAAAAGAAGGGCGGAUACAACCAUCUGUGUGAUAUCUGGGCAGUGGGCAUCACCGCCAUUGAGCUGGCAGAGCUACAGCCACCAAUGUUUGACCUUCAUCCCAUGCGUGCUCUGAUGCUGAUGUCUAAGAGCAGCUUCCAGCCUCCCAAACUAAAAGACAAGAGCAAAUGGUGA